AUAAACAAAUAAAAAACACUCAAAUCAACUUAUUUAAUCACAAUCAAUUAAUUUUGUAAUCACGAGGAUGAGGUAGGUACAAGUGUCUACUUUCUAAAUCUCAUGGUAGUUGACGAAUAGCUAAUCGUGAUUGUAAUCAAGAUUUUUAUGUGCACACCAACUGUUCGAUGAAAUGCCAACAAUGAAAACUCUCGUCACCGUGUUGUUUUUGCUGGCUACUAACGCCUUUCUUUGUCGUGGUUCAUCGUAUUCUUACUCUCCUCUUAUACGCAGCGAUCUUGGCCGGAAUCCUACUGAUGAACAGCCACUAUCAAAGAUCGCUAUUCAUAACGCUUUUGUUGAUCUUCAUGAAUCAGCAUCUGUUAAGGCUGAACCUCUUCUUCUUGGUUUAAAGGGCGAGGAUACUGCAUGGGUCAAUGUGGAGCUCAAGUACCCACAACCAUCCGAGAAUGACUGGGUUGGAGUUUUUUCACCUGCAAAGUUCAAUGCAUCAGAUUGCUACUUCGAAUCAGGCAAAUCGCACGAGGCUCCAUGCAUAUGCACGGCCCCAAUUAAGUACAUGUUUGCAAACCAAUCCAGUUCCAAAUCCAAUUAUAUAACAACCGGAAAAGCUACGUUAAGUUUCCAGUUAAUUAAUCAGCGUGCAGAUUUCGCCUUUGCAUUAUUUUCUGGCGGGUUGGAAAAUCCCACAUUGGUGGCAGUUUCAAAUCCUAUAUCAUUUGCAAACCCGAAGGCUCCUGUUUAUCCACGCCUUGCACACGGAAAGGCUUGGGAUGAGAUGACAGUUACAUGGACAAGUGGCUACAACAUUGAUGAAGCCGUUCCUUUUGUUGAGUGGGGUCAGACAGGCCUUAGCCCAAAGCAAUCGCCAGCUGGAACAUUGACAUUUACACGUGGCAGCAUGUGUGGUCCCCCUGCACGUACUGUUGGAUGGCGUGAUCCUGGUUUUAUACACACUAGUUUCUUAAAGGAAUUGUGGCCAAACACUAUGUAUAGUUAUAGGAUGGGCCAUAUGCUAUUAAACGGAACAAUUAUAUGGAGUAAAACAUAUUCAUUCAAAUCAUCCCCAUUUCCGGGACAGAGUUCGUUGCAACGUGUUAUUAUUUUUGGAGACAUGGGGAAGGCCGAACGUGAUGGUUCAAAUGAGUAUGCUUGUUAUCAGCCAGGAUCACUAAUUACUACCGAUCAGUUAAUUAGUGAUCUUGAUAAUUACGAUAUUGUUUUCCAUAUAGGAGAUAUGCCGUAUGCAAAUGGAUAUCUUUCACAGUGGGACCAGUUUACCGCACAAGUCGAACCGAUUGCAUCUGUAAAACCUUACAUGGUUGCAAGCGGAAAUCAUGAACGGUCUUGGCCCAAUUCCGGAGGUUUUUAUGCUACUAAAGAUUCUGGUGGGGAGUGUGGUGUGCCUGCCGAGACCAUGUACUAUGUUCCCGCGGAGAAUAGAGCUAAAUUUUGGUACUCAACAGAUUAUGGCAUGUUUCACUUUUGCAUAGCGGAUUCGGAGCAUGAUUGGAGAGAGGGUUCAGAACAGUAUGCAUGGAUUGAAAAGUGUCUUGCAUCGGUUGACAGAAAAAAACAGCCGUGGCUUAUUUUUUCCGCUCAUCGGGUGCUUGGAUAUUCGUCCAACAGUUGGUAUGCACAGGAAGGUUCGUUUGAAGAGCCCAUGGGAAGAGAGCACUUGCAGAAACUAUGGCAGAAAUACAAGGUUGAUAUUGCGUUUUAUGGACAUGUUCAUAAUUAUGAAAGAACCUGCCCUAUAUACCAGAACCAAUGUGUAAACCCGGAAAGAUACAGUUAUUCUGGAACCGUAAAUGGAACAAUCCACGUUGUUGUUGGUGGAGGCGGAAGUCAUCUAUCCGAUUUUACUGAGAUCGAUACGGUUUGGAGUUUGUAUAAAGAUCAUGAUUGGGGGUUUGUCAAACUAACCGCGUUUAACCAUUCUUCACUUCUUUUUGAGUACAAAAAAAGUAGGGACGGGCUCGUUUAUGAUAAUUUCACAAUCUCUCGAGACUAUAGAGACGUGUUGGCUUGUGUACAUGACGGGUGUGAACCUACCACAUUGGCAUCAUAAACCAAUACGCAACGUAGAUGUAUUAUAGUUAAGGUUUGCCUCUUAUCUUGUCAGUUGUAACUUUAAAGCUUAUUGUUAGGUAAAUGUUGUGUUAGACACGUUCUUGCAUUUCGGCAUUUUUCUACUACCCGUCAAAAUCGAGUGCCUUAUGUCCGACCGUUCACGAAAGCCCGAAGAUUCUUCAACCAAAAAAGACUGAACGGCUCGGUUUGAUAAAAUUUGUUAUAUAUUAUGGGUGUCUUGUAUUCACACAACAAACCAAUUAUACUUUGAUGAAAUGAGGGGCUUGAAAGAAGUUUUAUGUUUA